AUGCUCCUCUCCUUCACAUCCUAUGGAAUGAUGUACAUAGAGCUAAAAGAUAGUAUACGAGAAGGUUACACCGCGUUGGAAGCUCGAUCACGUUACGAGACACAAGCCCUUAGAGAGUUCAUGAACACAUCAGUUGACCCGAUGGAAAUGAUCCUGCUAUUGAUGGCGAAAGAUGGCGGAUCGGUGCAUCGGAAGGCGCAUCUCGACGAAGCGGCCACCAUCGUCGACUUCAUCUACAACAUGACGGUCACCCACGGAAACCGGAGCCUGGUCUACAAAAAGAUGUGCUCGCCGUAUUGCUUUGCCAACGAGCUUUUCGGGACGUUCAAGCACUACUACGAUGUCAACUACAGAUCGGCCACUAGGUCCGGUACAUGGAGUGAUUUGUUCAACCUGUCGUAUCCGUUCGCUUCCAUCUGGGGUUAUCGGGUACCACUCGAGCAGUGCUUGUUCGGUGUAGUACUGACACAACCUAGCAAGACCAAUUCUUCUUCUGGGACUAAGAAGGUGAAGCGGUUCAUCUUUGACGAAGACAUCCCGGUAGACCGCAGCAAGCCGUUGGAGUCUCAGAUCACCAACAUGCAGCACGUGCAGCUCGUUGUUCUCUUUCCGUACGGCUUCAAGAACACCACCGAGCUGCAAACAGGCUUCGCCCUCUGGGAACUGGGAAUACACGAGUGGACCAAAAAUAUGCUGGCAAUGGUGGUGAUCUGUGUGCUGUCCAUUUCGUACUACUAUCAGGCACUGGACGUCGGCAAAAUUCUAAUUGGCUUCUGUGCGACACUUUGUCCACUCUUGGGCAUCACAUCCACUUAUGGCCUCCUGGCUCUGUGUGGAGUACGCGUAAAUUCACUGCUUCUUGUGAUGCCGUUCUUAAUAAUGGGAGUC